UGUGUGUGUGUGUGUGUGUGUUAUACCUCCGUCUCCGCCGUUCGCUGCGUUUCAGUCUCGCGCUGCUCCUCAUGGCCGCGACAGCCUCCGCCGCCGCGCACUACAGUCUGCUCAGCGCGAGCGCGCCGGCGCACGCGGAUCCCGGCGGCAUGCAGCAGCACGCGGCUCCUGGUCCGGCGUACAGGCACGCGCACGCCGCCGCGCUGCUGCAGAGCGAGUUCGCGCUGCAGAAUAACGGCGGCGUGGGUCACGCGCACCAGUGGCUCGCGGCGGCGCUCUCUCACGGCGGCAGAACGGGAUUAGGAGGUGGAGGUGGAGGAGGUGGAAGUGCAGGAGGAAGUGCGGAAGAAGCCGCGUGGACGUCGGCCGACAUCAAGCCCACGAUCCGAGGGACCGGGGACGAGAUGCACGAGGACACCGACAACAGCGACGAUAACAACAACAAUACCAACAGCUCAAGCAGUGGCAACUUACAGCACAUGCUUCAUCAUCCUCAUCAUGCCCAUCAUCACCCUCAUCACCACCACCAUCAUCAUCACCACCAGCAGCAUCACGAAGAGGACACGGCGCGCGCGUGGAGGAACGCGAGCGGCACGGCGGCGUCUCACCUGCCUGGCGUUGGCGCGGGGGCGUCCGGGCAGCAGAGCCUCGCGUACACGGGUGGGUUCGGAGCGCUCAGCGGGCUCGUGCCGGGCGUACAGGCGCACCACCAGCACCGCCAAGAGCACGAGCACGAUCCACCGCCACAUCACCACAGUCCGCACGUGCGCGAGCACCAUCAGCACCACCGGAGUCUGCAUGAGUCGCCGGCGUCGGACGAGGACGCAACGCCGACGUCGGACGACCUGGAGCACUUCGCCAAGCAGUUCAAGCAGCGGCGCAUCAAGCUCGGCUUCACGCAGGCGGACGUCGGGCUCGCGCUCGGCACGCUCUACGGCAACGUGUUCUCGCAGACGACCAUCUGCCGGUUCGAGGCGCUGCAGCUGAGCUUCAAGAACAUGUGCAAGCUCAAACCGCUGCUCAGCAAGUGGCUCGAGGAGGCGGACUGCAGCGCGAGCGGCGGCGGCGGCGGUGGCAGCGGCCUGGACAAGCUCGCGGCGCAGGGGCGGAAGCGCAAGAAGCGCACGUCGAUCGAGGUGAGCGUGAAGGGCGCGCUCGAGAGCCACUUCCUGAAGUGUCCGAAGCCGGCGGCGGCGGAGAUCACGAGCCUGGCGGACAGCCUGCACCUCGAGAAGGAGGUAGUGCGCGUGUGGUUCUGCAACCGGCGGCAGAAGGAGAAGAGGAUGACGCCGCCCGGGGUGCUCGGCGCGCUCGCGGGCGAGGAGGCCAUGCUCGAGCUCAAAACGCAAAGCGUGCAGUGAUGAUGGAGUGAGUGAGAGAAAGAUAAAAAAGAAAGUAAGAAAGAAAGAAAGACAGACAGAAACCGGAGUGUGAACAAAACUACAGCAGGAUAUACUGUGCGGAGACAAACAUGCAUCACUGUGACAGAGGGUUAACUUGGAAACACACACACACACACACACACACACACACACACACACACACACACACACACACACACACAAAUCCGCGCGUGCAGGGCUGCUUUCCCAUUUCCUUCUUUCCUUUGCAGAAAACUGUUACAGUGUUGUGAGCAUUUUAAAUACAAAAAAAUUGUCCACAUUAUUAUUAUUAUUAUUAUU